CAGAAAGAUUAGUCGACUGUUUGAAAGAGGAGGCGAAAAAUAAUCUAAGAUUAGAUUUAAAUGAUAAUAAAUUAAAGUUAGCUAUCUACGACGCUUUCGUCGGUGACUUUAGACCUCAAUACUUUGGUAGUCCAGACGAUUUAGUUUUACAUUCAAAUCUAAGCUUUAAUGAGCUUCAAAAUAAUCUGCUAGGUGGUAAAAGAGGACGAUCUCAAUUUGAACCUUGUGGCUACGUUUUCAAGAAGGGUGAUGUCGUCUAUAGGUGUAAAGAUUGUGCUAUUGAUCCCACUACCGUCUUCUGUUCUAAAUGCUUCCAUGCCACCCAUCCUCAAGAUACUCCAAAUCACCCUUUCAGCAAUCAUCAGAUUAGUUUCAGCCUUAUGACAGCCGGAGGCUGUUGUGAUUGUGGUGAUCCAGAGGCUUGGAGGAUCGAUCCAGGUAGACCUUCCCAUUUGGACGAACCAGAUACCAUUCAAGUUGACUUACCAGAAGAGGCUUUGGAAAGGGCCCGUCAAUACAUAUCAACUAUCCUUAGAUUUAUCAUUGACACUAUAGCUCAUUCGCCAUCAGAGUUCACCCCACCAAACAACGUUCCAAAGGUCAAAUCCCUAGCAACUUCCAAGCCAAACACCCCCACAGAUGCUGGUCCUUGGUCCGUUGUACUUUGGAAUGACGAACGUCACUCUUUUGAUGAGGUCAUUGAGCAGGUAUCUUUGGCGAUCGAUUGUUACCAUUCUGUCUCUAGGUCAGUCGCAGAGCGCAUCGAUAAGCAUGGUAGAGAAGUUUUAAGAUCCUCAACUGAUAUCAACGCAUUGUUAAAAAUAGCUGUCAUUAUCAAUUCAAUAGAUCUGGCCGUGACGAUCAGACCUUCUUAUGACACCAACCUUGAAGACAUAUGUCAUCUUCUACUCGAGUUUUUAUUCGAUCUCUGCCAUUCAAGGCCACAGGAACUAAGAUCUAUUGUCGCAGAGGAACUGCUUAAACUUACAACUUCACCAUUUACUGAACAUAUCAGUAAAGAUAGACGACAAAUGACAAAUCUUCAGUGCCUACUUCUACUCGAAUCCAGAAUGUGGAAAAAAGCCCGCAAGAUAUUCAGAGACAUGCUUGUUGCCAUGUUGGGGGUUAAUCAAGAUGUUCGCUGUCAAAUUGGUCUCCAAUUUGCUUUAGUUUACAAGAAUCUCGUCGAAAGUUAUCUUUUACAAGAUCAUGAACCCGAGCUUUCUUCAUUGAUGUUCUCAAUUCAAGUUUUCACCACACCUUCGGUAGCAUCAUUGAUAUGUUUCAAUUCUGAAUUUCACGCAAAUUCGCUGCUUACCACGAUAUUGCACCUCAUUUAUGCAUUCCUAACAGAACAAAGGACUUCACCAAAGCAAAUAAAACUAAUUGAUACCAUUGGUAAUAAUGUCAUAGACUGUGAAUCAACUUCAAUCAGACAUAAAAGAUAUCUUACUAUAGUUCAAGAUUUGAAGACUCUCCUCACCAAUGAAGCUGUCAUAGAUGAGUUACCAAAGAGAAUCGAUCUUUUAGAUGAUUUCGUCAAGUUUUUUAUUCCAUUCACUGAUAUGAAUCAAUUUCAAAGAGCUGUUCAUGAACAUGUUGAAUAUGAAUCCGAUGCUUGGAUCAAUGCCUUCAACUGUACUAUACAAUUGACAAAGGUUACGAAUGCUCUUGGUGAUUUGUCUUAUAAUUUCACUCCACAACAAUUAUUCACGCUCAUUAAACAUAUCCUAGAUGGAAUAGCUGAAACAAUUCAUAGACCAAACUUUUUUACCAAGUUAACUAGUAUACAAUUCGGUGGAUACUCGUAUAAUGUCGUUGACUACAGCGUUGCCUACGAACCCGUCAGUUUUCAUCAUCCAUUACAUUGGUGGCUUGGAAACGUUCUCAAGCAUGUUAAGAUUCUUGGUCAUUUCUACCCAGGCGGUGUCAAUACUCGAGAGCUUCCAUUAGUUUUUGGUGAACGCGCUAGAAAUAAUCUUCUACCAGUUAUAGCUCUCUUUGAACAACCUAUGAGGGUCUGUGCGUUCGUCGCUCAAGCUCGUUGUGGACUUUGGGUACGUAACGGAUUCUCCGUGCGUGGUCAAGUACAUCAUUAUCGUGAAAUUACAUUUAGAGACAACACAUACGAUCUAGAUUUGUUUAAUGUUCAAGUGAUGUUUACAAUAGUUGAUCCUGAGCAAGCAUUGGUAUCACUUAUGACCAAGUUUGAUAUGCUUACAUGGUUUGAAGGUUAUAUUUAUCACUCAGUUUACGAUGAAAAACAAACCCCUGCCAUGGCUGAAGAAUUCAUCCUUUUGUUGAUAGCUUGUUUGACAGAGCCAUCAAAUAUUGCUGGUUGGCCUAAAGAAAAGCGGAUUGAAAGAUCACUUAUCCAUGCACUUUGCUUUGGUCCAUCAACUUACUCUGAAUUUACCAGAAUAGUAUCAGAUACACUUGUUGAUGAUCCAUCCUUCGAUAGAAUACUCGAAAAGGUUGCAAAGUAUAAAUCCCCAGACGGUACAGCAGAUUAUGGUACAUACGAAUUGAAGGAUGAAUAUUAUAAGUUUGUUGAUCCAUUCUUUAUGAACUUUACAAGAAACAUGCGUGAAUCUGCCGCAAACUCGUUAAACAAAUAUUAUAAACGUAUUGGCAAAGAGGGUGCAACACAUAUACCAGAGAAACUCGAUUUACCAGACAAUGGACCCUACAAUUCUCUCAUUGGUGUUUAUAAGACUGAAGUAUUCCAACAAAUCGUUUACGCUUCAUUAUUCAACGCUUUCAACGAAAGGGAUGAGCAAGGAAGACCAGCUACUUCAUUCACUAGAGAUAUACUCAUUGAAGCUGCACUUCAUUUAAUGAUGUGUGCUUUGGUUGAAGCUAAGGUCAUCUUUGCAAAGCUCGCUGGAUCACGCACUUAUUUGAUGCAUUCAACCCUUGUUGAGCUCCUAUGCAAGUAUGAAAACGAUCAGAGGUUAAUUAAUGUCAAAUCUAGAAUUACCUGGAUAUUAGACCAAUUGGCUGAUGUAUGUGGUGAUGUCGUUGGGGCAAAUCGUGUUGUCAAUGAACAUAAAAAAGAUGAAAAAGCUGAAGACCACGCCGAAUCACAAAAGGCUGCUGCUAAAGCUAGACAAGCAGCUAUUAUGGAGAAGUUUGCAAACCAGCAAAAGAGUCUUCUUGAUCAAUUGGGUGAUGAAGAUGAUGACAUGGAUGAUGAAGACUAUGACUCAAAGGUGGAGGAGAACAUCGAUGGUCCAAAUGCUGAUACCCGCGACUUUGGUGAUUGUAUUGUCUGUCAGGAGACUUUAAAUGGUACAUCUUUCGGUUCAUUAGCUUUCAUUCAACCUUCAAAAAUGCUCAGAAAUACACCUUCACUCGAUCCAAACUUCGUUUAUGAUCCACUAUGGAUGUCUGAUAGUCUUGAUCGUCAACAACAGAGUAAUAUGUCUGAAGAAUACAAACAGCAGUUUAUACAAAGCAAAUCUAACACGCGAGCAGGAAAUUCUGGAAUAACAACACAAGGAUUCCCAUCAGAUCAAACCAGAUUAGGAUUACACAUGUCUACAUGUGGUCACAGAAUGCACAUGUCUUGUUUCGAAACAUACUUCGCUUCAAGCGUUUCCCGUCAUCAAUCGCAAAUUGCCAGAACUCAACCUGAUGAACCUAAAUGGAAGGAAUUUGUUUGUCCGUUAUGUAAAGGUUUAGGUAAUGUUGUAAUGCCAAUUUUCAAAAGGCCAGAAAGUGCCACAAAUAAUGUAAAGAUCACAGAAUGGGUUAGAUCUGCAUCAAUAGAUUUACUGAAAGACCCGAAGGUAUCUCUUUUGAACGAUUUCCAGGAACAAGAGACCGGGUCAGGAGAAUUCUGGCCUUGGUAUGUAAGAUCUGCACCAUCAAAGUCAGGUAGCUUAGAAGAAGACCCUAAGUCAGCACUCACCGAUAGGCUAAUGGCGCUUAUAAAACCAAUUUCUACCAAUGCAGAGGAUUUAAGGCAAAGUAGUGUACCAGCUGCUCAAGAAUUAUCUAGUGAAGGAAUGUACUUACCUGGUGAAUUAGUUGCAUAUACAAUUUCCUCCAUUGAAGUAGCCUUACGCGGUAUUGAUAGUCAGGACAAACUGGUUGCAGAUCAAGUGAAUGACUCACAGUUAUUGAUGAUUGAGAGUAUGCUAGGUUGUUUAGAGAAUUUAGCUACUAGACAUCCAACUCAUUCCACUAAUGGGCCACAAAUAAUUGCCAAAGGUAUAUUUCAAAGAAUACUACCAGAAUUUGGAAGAGAGGACAACGUUCGUCAACCUUUGCUAUUACGGGAUCCAUUCAGCUUGUUAGUUGAGACGGCAGCAAUUGCACCUGAAUCACUAUCUCCAAUGAUCACCCUUACAUUCUAUGCUCAAUUAGUUAGGACUGUUAUUGCAUUAAUUCAAGCAUCUAGAACAGACGGUGUUGCAGAUUCACCUUUAUUGAGACCGCCAACAGAGAUAGAGAAACUACCUGAUAAUGCCGAGCAAAUAUUUGGUAAUAUUUCAUCAGUUAUUCAUUAUAUGUUGCAGUCUUUCACCGCAUUAUACAAUGAUGGUGAAAGGAUGUUGAAGUUAUUACCAAAUGAACAUUUAUCGAAGCUAAUGUAUAGCUACAUGUUACCAUUUUUGAGAAGAGUUUCAAUACUUAAUAAAGUAGUUCGAAAAGCACCAUACGUCUUCACAAAGAGAAGUAACGAUAAUGAUACUAAAAUGCACCUAUACGAUGAUGAUAACCAAUGCGAAUUCAGAAGAUUGAUGACUGAAUUAGAUAUACUACCACCAAAUGAAGCUUUAAAUCAAAGCUCUGAAAGGCAAACUACUAUACAAAGGAUGGUCGAAGGAUGGUGUUCACAUUUUGGUCAUCAUGUACAAGAACUCAGACCUAGAGAUUAUGCUUUGAAAUUGGAUUAUCCGGAAGUAUAUAAGUUAACGAAUCUUCCUUAUCAAUUAUCAGCGUUGAUUGAUGAUGUACUCACACGAGUCUGUCCAAAUUGCAAUCAAGUACCGCCUGAUCCUGCAUUAUGUUUACUCUGUGGUGCAUCACUUUGUCAUCAAUCAUUCUGCUGUCAUGAUCAAUUGACUAAAGUAGGUGAAUGUAACACACAUAUGAAGAAAUGCGGUGGUAUAGUUGGUGCAUUCUUUAUGCCGAAGAAGUCAGCAACGUUUUAUUUGUAUGAUUUGAGAGGUUCAUUUGCUCAGCCACCAUAUUUGGACGCACAUGGCGAGGUUGAUAUUGGAAUUCGUCGCGGAAAACCACAAUAUUUACAUAAACAAAGGUUGGAUGAAAUCUAUAGAAUCUGGGUAAAUCAUCAGAUUCCAUCUUGGAUUGGUAGAAAAUUAGAUUUAGUUAGUGAUCAAGGAGGAUGGCGUACAAUGUAAAACAUAUAAGAUUUAUUUUAUUGAUAUUUCUAGCAUCUUGAAACUUAACAAUUACGUUAUGACAAACGAAUUUACAAAGAUAGAGCCAGGGGGUAGUUUACUUAUUGCCUGGCAAUUGAAGGAUAAGAAAGUUGUAUUAAUCGGUGGUGGUGAAGUCGCUGCUGGACGUAUAGUUAAUCUUUUAAACGCAGAUGCUAAAAUAACUUUAAUAGCACCAAGGAAGGGUUUGAAUAAAGAAGUUGCUUAUCGUAUCGACUCUGGACAGAUUCAUGAGUUUAUUGAUAGGGAAUACAAUAAUGAGGAUGAUCUAAAAGGUGCAAAUAUGGUAUUUACAGCAAUAGAUAAUGUAGAAAUUUCUAGGCAUAUUUAUAAUGUAGCAAAGUCACAGAACAUACCAACAAAUGUUGCUGAUAUUCCACCUAAUUGCGAUUUCUAUUUUGGAUCAAUAGUUAGAAGAGGGCCUUUACAAAUAUUAAUAUCUACAGGUGGACAAGGACCUAGAAUAUCAGCUAAAUUAAAGAGCAUUGUUGAAGGUGCUUUACCUAGAUCAAUAGGCCCUGCCAUAAACAAUGUUGGUAAAUUAAGGUCAAAAUUAAGGUCUAUUGAGCCAACAGUUGGUGGAAAACCAGGUGCUAAACGAAUGAAAUGGAUGAUUAAAGUUUGUGAUAAUUACACCUUCGACGAAUUAGCAGAGAUGUCUGAAGAAGAUCUUGAUAGAAUUUUGAAGGGUUACCAAGAUAAUGAGAUUCCUAAGAGGUCGUUAUUGGAUAUUAGCAAAGUACUUUCAGCAAUAAAAUCGAUUAGUCCAACCAUAGUAGGUAUGGUUAUUGGGUCAGUAAUGACAUAUAGUUUUAUUGGACGGAAUAAAUGAUUUUUUUAAACGAU